AUGGUGCUGCUGCUAAAGGUAGACGGCAAGUACGAAAAAGGGCCAAUUUACCAUCCUCGACGUUUGAUGGGACGUUUCAAAGCUCAAAUCCUCUCUGGUACACUUUUGCUUAUCUUGUUGACGUUUUUCAUCUCUCGCCAUUGGAUCCACAAAUCACCAGCGGUGUAUUAUCCUAAACAAGUUGACUGGAGCGGGUUGCCUGUUAAGGGUGCAUUGGUGGUGCUCGCACGUGAGAAUGAAAUGCAUGAAAUACGCGCCACAAUGCUUGAUGUUGAAGAGCGAUUCAAUGACAAGCACAAGUACCCUUGGGUCAUUUUGGGUGAUCAGCCAUUUUCUUUACGCUUCCAAGGAUUUGUAUCUAGUAUGGCGCCUGGACGCGUUUAUUUUGGACAAACACAAACUUGGCAUGAGCCUUCAUUUAUCGAUAUCAAAAAGGUGGAGGAGACCAUGUCGCAAAUGGCAAUCGAAGGCAUCUAUCGUGGAGAAAGUCUCAGUUGGCGUAAAAUGGCAAGAUACAAUGCUGGCUUUAUUGCGGAUCAUCCAUUGCUUCAGGAAGCCGAAUACUAUUGGAAGGUGCAACCACGAUCAAGAUACCUGUGUGACAUUAAAGAGGAUCCUUUUGUCAUGAUGAAAUCUCAGGGAAAGAAAUUAGCCUAUGCCAUUGCUAUGGUCGAAGAUGGGCGUACGAUCCCAAGCUUGUGGACACACGUGAAAGAAUUCAUCGAAACGAACCCUGAUAGCAUCUUGCCGACAUCCUCAACAAUCCUUCCUUGGAUGAUGGAUGAUGCAGGAACGUUUAAUGGAAAUCAUAUAUGGAACAAUUUCAUGAUCAUUUCCCUCGAGUUUCUCCGCUCCAAGGAGUAUCGUGCAUUCUUUGAAUACAUCGAACACACCGGUGGCUUCUUUUAUGAGCGUUGGAGUGAUGCACCGGUGCAAACCUUUGCAGCAGCCUUGUUUUUGAGGCGUGAUCAAAUCCAUUUCAUGCAUGACCUUGGCUAUUCCUAUAGUGUGGGAUUACAAUGUCCAGCCGAUUCAUUGGUUGCAGCAGAGUUGCAAUGUAUUUGUGAUCCCAGCGCAACAUUCCUUGGCAUUACGUUUCCAUGA